AGAGAGACAAGGGUGUCCCAAACUCGUUGGACACGAUCUCUGCAUCUCGCUCUCUCUUGCUUGGUAAACCUAAGGUUGCUCUCUCCCUCUCUGAUUUUGAUCUUACAUAGGUCUCUCUCUCUGUUUCUGUAGUUUUUGUUUGCGCACAGAGGGAAUUUGAUUCGUGGGUUGAAUUGAUUUGGAGGAGAAAGGAUGGCCGCACCACCAGCAAGGGCUCGUACUGAUUACGAUUGCUUGAUUAAGCUUCUCUUGAUUGGGGAUAGCGUGAUUUGAAGGGUUUAUUUCAUCAUUUCAACAAAUGGGUGUCGGGAAGAGUUGUCUGCUACUGCGCUUCUCUGAUGGUUCCUUCACAACCAGUUUCAUUACCACUAUUGGCAUUGACUUUAAAAUAAGAACAAUCGAGCUUCAUGGAAAACGGAUUAAAUUGCAAAUCUGGGAUACAGCUGGUCAGGAGCGUUUUCGAACUAUCACAACAGCAUAUUAUCGUGGAGCCAUGGGGAUUUUGCUGGUGUAUGAUGUUACUGAUGAAUCGUCUUUCAACAAUAUUAGGAACUGGAUUCGCAAUAUUGAGCAACAUGCCUCUGACAAUGUCAACAAAAUACUGGUGGGAAACAAGGCAGACAUGGAUGAAAGUAAAAGGGCUGUGCCUACGUCCAAGGGUCAAGCUCUUGCAGAUGAGUAUGGUAUCAAGUUCUUUGAAACUAGUGCAAAGACAAAUUUGAAUGUCGAGGAGGUUUUCUUUUCAAUUGCAAGGGAUAUCAAGCAAAGGCUUGCAGAAACUGAUUCCAGGGCUGAGCCUCAAACAAUCAAGAUCAACCAACCAGGCCAGGCAGCCAGUGGUGGCCAAGCAGCCCAAAAGUCAGCUUGCUGCGGUUCAUAAAGGGGAAGUUAAAAUACAGACCGAGGGGGGGAAGGUUAUGCCAGUGGCCCCCGUUGGGGUAUAAAAUUGAUUCUGAUGACAUUGUGCUGGGCCCAGUUAUUUGUGCCCUUGUUAUUUUUCCCAAUUACCAAGCUUAGUGUGUUUGAGGCAGUAUUUUAUUUGAUUAAUAUUUGCAAUUUAUUAUGACACCCUUUUACAUUUCCUUUGGGGCUCGAACUCAUUUGACUAGUGUUCAUGUAGAUAGAUAAUCAAAAUUUAGCUCAUUUCUUCUGAUA